AAAAUUAGGGUAUUUACGAAAGGGGCAUUCAAAAACAGGGCAUGAGGUGUAAUUCCUCCAUGGCUUGCCUGCCUUGCAUUCCUUUUUAGCCCUACCGAACUUUUGUAACACGCCAUUGGAGCUUUUUUUUUCCUUUCUCUUUUCUUUCGUUAAGAUUUGCUACUUUUGAUCAAUCUCUCGAUAGUGAAAUCAGAAAUGUUUUAUGAUCGUGGCGCUGAAGGGGAGCAAGUGAUUUGGUAUACAUUCGUUUGAAAUAGAGGAAAGUUUAAGAACAAUCUUCCUCCUAAAACCACAGCUAUGACUACUACAAAGAUCUAUAUAGUGUAUUACUCCUUGUAUGGACAUGUAGAGACUAUGGCGCGAGAGAUCCAGCGAGGAGCUAAUGCAGUCCAAGAUGUUGAAGCAACACUAUGGCAGGUACCCGAAACACUCUCAAAUUUGAUACUGCAAAAAAUGAAGGCCCCUCCCAAGGCAGAUGAUGUGCCGGAGAUCAAGCCUGAACAACUUUCAGAGGCUGACGGCUUUGUGUUUGGCUUUCCUUCUCGUUUUGGUGUAAUGGCUGCUCAAUGCAAGGCCUUCUUUGAUGCCACUCACGAACUGUGGGAAACGCAAGCACUUGCUGGUAAACCUGCUGGUAUAUUCUGGAGUACUGGUUUCCAUGGGGGAGGCCAAGAGCUUACUGCAUUAACAGCCGUGACUCAAUUGGCACAUCAUGGUAUGAUAUAUGUCCCUAUUGGGUACAGCUUCGGAAGUGGAAUGUUUGAGAUGAAUGAGGUAAAGGGUGGCUCUCCUUAUGGUGCUGGGACAUAUGCAGCAGAUGGAUCUCGUGAGCCUACAGAGCUUGAGCUCAAGCAAGCCUUUUACCAGGGUAAAUAUGUUGCAGAAAUGGCCAAAAAGCUCAAACAUUAACCCCCUUCACCCUAAAAAAUAUAUUCAAUAUGUUAAAAGGUUAAACUAAUUGUGAAUGAAAUACUGCUUUUAACAUAAUGGGGAACCACAUAACAUUGCUAUAGCAGCUCCAACCGAAAAGGUCAUUUCGUAUUAUUAGAGGAGAAAUUGGCCUAUACAUAUUGCAUUUUCUUUUACAUUCUUACCAAAGGACUUGUUUAAGAAAUGUACCAUCAUAACUUUAUAAUGGAAUGCUCAACAGAAGCUUUUUACA